AUGGCAUCUCUCACGCCAGCAUCGGCGGCCGCCAUUGCGCGCUUACGCGCCUAUGUCCCGCCGCCGACACAAUACUACAAUUGCCCUCUGGCGCGCAGGGCAGCAGUCCUGAUACUGCUGUUCGCGGAUCGCAAGGGCGAUUUGAGGGUUGUGCUUACGAUGCGCGCGAGCACGUUGAAGUCUUAUGCCGGACAAGCUGCGCUACCAGGAGGCAAAGCCGACGCCCUCAACGAAGCCCCCUUCCAAACCGCCCGCCGCGAAGCCUACGAGGAGAUCGGCCUCCCCCUCUCCGACGCCAAACUGCCUCCCCCCUUCCGCGUCGAACAUCUGACCGAGCUCCCCGCCAACCUCGCGAAGACGGAGCUCGCCGUGCGGCCAUGUGUGGCUUUUCUGUCCGCGAAGCCUGGUGCUGGGUCCACCUCCUCCAGCAAAAUGCCGUCCGUAGAAGAAACCAUGAUCCCGCGCCUCGACGCCAAAGAAGUUGCUGCAGUCUUCACGGCACCCUUCCACAACUUCCUACGUAGCAAGGAUGAAGACGAGGACGCGGUCCGCUACUCCAGCGCCUCAGCCGCCGAGUUCCCCGGCGCCGAAGCGGCAGGCUUCCCAGCCGAAUGGUAUCAGGGCACCUGGACAGACUGGCACGAGAGCCGGUGGCGCAUGCACAAUUUCUUCGUGCCGGUAGGGGGGCAGAGUGUUGCGAGGCCGAGGAGUAAGAAAGGUAAGGGUGGGGACGCGGCAUCUUCGGAGGAGAAGGAACAGGAGGAAACUGCAGAUGCCCUUGCGCACCUAAAUCGCUUCAGAGUUUUUGGCAUGACGGCGCGUAUCCUUGUUGAUGCGGCCCGUGUCGCGUAUGCGGAGGAGCCGGACUUUGAGCAUAAUAGCCAUUUUGGGGACGAGGAGAUGAUUGCGCGACUGUUGCGUGCGGGAAGGUUGAGCGCGGAGAGGAAGAGGGGGCAGGAGCUCACGAGGGAGGAUCUGAGGGCUGCGGCGAAGUUGUAG